AUGUCGAAUAUAAGAUCCCUAAGUGACCUGAGGAAGGACGAGAAAAAAAACAAGGAACGGGUGGCGCAUUAUACGGGUGGCCAGAACAGUGGAUUGGAAGUGCAGAAUUCAGAUGAAGACAUGGGUUCAAGUUUUUUCACAUCUAAAUUACCUGAAAAUUGUAGACAUAUCACAUUAUAUAAAAAUGGAUUCAUAGUAGAUGAAGGAGAAUUUAGAGAUCUCCAAAUUGAAGAAAAUAAAAAAUUUAUGCAAAAUAUUGAAGCAGGAAUUUUACCAAAAGAAUUAGCAGGAAAAGAUAAAACUAUAAAUGUAGCAAUUAAGGAUAAAAGUAACCAAAUAUAUAGCAAAGAAAAAUUAGAGGAAAAUAAUUUAAUCUAUAAAGGACAAGGUGUUAAAUUAAGGUCAGAUAAUCAAUCAAGUAUAACUGAAGAGGAAAUAAAUAAAUUAACAUCAGCUACUACUCCAAGUGAUAUUAAAAACAUUCAUGUAGAUGAUACCAAACCAGUUACUACUUUACAUGUUCGAUUAUAUAAUGGCAGAAAAAUCUCGCACAAAUUUAAUUACGAUCAUACAGUAGAGGAUUUGUUUCAAUUUGUUUAUAGCUAUACCCCUGUAAGCUUUUCUCUUUCUUUUGAUUUUCCUUUGAAACUUAUUGAUAGAACAGAUAAGACAUUACAUGAAGCCAACUUACUGGAUACUUUAAUUACACAGAAGCUUACACAUUAA